CGCACUCGCUCACGCGCGGUGUGUUCACGAGCAUCCGCUCUGCGCAGCUGCUACACAGUCCUUCCACGCAGCUACAGGAGACUGUUAUUUUCACUACAGACUGGAAAAAUUUCUGAUAAGAACAGGAAAAUCGCUUUAUUUAUGAUACUGUAACGUUUGUCGAGGCGGAUACGCAGAAGCUGCGCUGCGCAACAGAUGCGCUUAAUUGACACACUUGAGUCCUAAGCCGGCAUGAGCCGGAAGUGUUCUGGCGAACUAUCCCCGGAGGAGGGGAUGGAUGUGGACUGUACGCCGGAGGAGCUGUCGAAGUGUUCGUAUGAGGAGCGCUGUGUGGAGCUGGGUGAGGUGAAGGACAUGCGGCUGGAGGCCGAGGCGGUGGUCAGUGAUGUGCUCUUCGCGGUCACAGACAUGCACGUCUCUCACAGUCUCUCCAGUGGACUGGAUGUGGCUUACAUUAACCUGGAGACCAGAGAGGGAAAGCGAUACUUGCUGGAGCUCACCGAGGCAGGGUUAAGGGUGGUGGGACACGGCUUCGAUCAGGUGGAUGAGGGCUUGAGCUCCCAGUAUCAUGAGACCGUUUACUCACUGCUGGACUCCCUCAGCCCCGGAUACAGAGAAGCGUUUGGAAAUGCUCUGCUACAGAGACUGGAGAGGCUCAAACAGAACGGACAGUGAGGGCUUCAGUAUCAUUCACAAUAUCUUUGCUCGCUAACAGUUCAUCCAAGUCCUGUGCCGCUCUCAGCUUCAAGCAUCAGUGCUACCCUUUCCAGCUUUUAGCCUGUGAUAUGUUUUAACGGAUCUUGGUGUUGAUUUGACAAACUUGCAAGACUUGCUUGUGACGUUUUAAAGUAUUUUACUAUUAUUUGGAGAGGUGUCAUUGCUAUGACACAAUGGGCCCGUGUGAAUACUUCAUUUUUUUAUUUAACAUUUUGAAAUAACCCUGAGAAAUAGCAGUGCUGUUGUGAGGACUAUGGGAACAUUUUUGAACUGAAGUAUUUUGUGUUAACACACGAGUGCUCUGAUUUUGGAUGAACUGGGUCCUGCAGAAUAGAGCUCCAUACUGUACUUCCAUCAACUGUACAGCAUGGCUCUUUAAAGUAUUAACAUUUAAAAACAUAUCAGAUGCCUUACUACGUCCAUUCAAAGGUCUAACAAUU